AUGGCUGGAGUUAAGACGUUUCCUACCAUCAGAGCCGUCCGGACAUUCGUUAUCGAGGGGGUGGGCUCUGGCGGCGACUAUCACAAUGUCAAAGGCGGACACUGGCUGAUUGACAACAAAAUUGCAACGCCCAUGUCCAAAUGGGAUCGAUACAGGAGCUCCCGAACCUCCUUUGGCAUCAAUGUACUCGGUUCCUUCUGUGUCGAGAUCGAAGCCACCGAUGGCACCAAAGGCUUUGCCACGGGCUUUGGUGGACCGCCUGGCUGUUGGCUUGUCCAGCAACACUUUGAACGAUUUCUGCUCGGACGAGAUCCACGGGACGUGAACGAUCUGUACGAACUCAUGUACAGGGGUUCCCUGUUCUACGGGCGGAAGGGUCUACCAGUGGCCGUCAUUUCUGUGAUUGACCUUGCUUUGUGGGAUCUUCUGGGCAAGAUUAGGAACGAGCCAGUCUACAAAAUGAUCGGUGGCGCCACAAGAGACAGAUUGAACUUUUAUUGUACCGGUCCCGAGCCCACAGCUGCUCAAGAAAUGGGUUUCAUGGCGAGCAAGGUCCCUCUGCCCUACAGCGCCGACGAACCAGAUAGCAUCAAAAAGAACAUUGCGUUCUUGAAGAAGCAUAGGGAAGCAGUCGGCCCUGACUUUCCUCUGAGAGUCGACUGCUGGAUGUCGUUGAAUGUGCCCUACACCAUUGAGCUCGUGUCAGAGGCCAAGAGACAGGACAUCAGAAUAGAUUGGUGGGAGGAAGUGUUGUCGCCAGAUGACUUUGAUGGCUUCCAACUAUUGAAGCGGGCACAUCCAGACACCAAGUUCACGACAGGAGAACAUGAAUAUUCACGCUAUGGAUUCCGCAAACUUAUCGAAGGUCGCAAUGUCGACAUCAUCCAGCCUGACGUGAUGUGGCUUGGUGGCUUGACGGAACUUCUGAAGGUUUCUUCAAUGGCGGCGGCAUACGACAUCCCAGUAGUCCCACACGCCUCUGGCCCCUACUCGUAUCAUUUCGUCGUCAGUCAGCACAAUUCUCCUUUCCAAGAAUAUCUAGCCAACAGCCCCGAUGGAAAAAGCGUUCUACCUGUCUUUGGCGAUUUGUUCCUGAAUGAGCCGAUCCCCACAAAGGGUUACUUGGACGUAAGCGAAUUGGACAAGCCUGGAUUCGGGCUGGAGUUGAAUCCCAAUGCACGUCUGAUCGAUGCGACAAAUCUCCUGGGCAUGAAGCCGCAGAAGUCCCUAGCAAUGCCUGUCGACACCGAUCGGGCCAAUGCCAAUGGAUCUCAUGCGAACGGCGACCAUCUCGCCACGCAAGCCAAUGGAUCAAUGGUGGGGGACCAUGUUGAUUAA